AAAUUCUGAACUAUGGUACGAUUCUACUGAUUACGUAAGCUCAAGAGUGGUCUGAUUCUGACGCACACCUCAAUGGCCAAUGAAAACCAACGCAAUAGUGACAACACCACCAAAAACAUGCCAAGCAAGUAGAUUAUACAACUUUUCCCCCUCGUCAAAACUUUCGAUCGGAUGAUGUUCAAGAAUCAGCCAACCCACAUCUAUAAAUGAAACGGCAUUCAAAAGAAUGGCAUCAGUUUCUCGAAACAACUCCACAACAACAAUGAAAACCAUCGCCGCUACCGCUCUCUUGGCCGCCGUGGCCCAAGCUCAAGAGCCUUACUAUUACAAAUGGAGCCCAGAAACACCCGUGGCCCCCGCAUUCAAGUUCCCAGAAAAUAUCCCCGUGCCCUUCCCCGAAACCAAUGAGCCUGCGGGUAAUGCCGGCUACCAAUACCAGUACACGCCUGAGCAGCCCAAUGCCCGACCUUUCAAGGCUCCCGAGGACUACACCCCCGUGGACUUCAAGUACCAAUAUGUCAGUCAGCCUGGCGACAGCUUCAAGUACAAUUACAAGCCCGCCCCUGGGGAGUUCGACUUUACCUAUGUCCCUGGACCCAACAUGAUGAACUUGAGCCCCGAGGAAAUCGAGGCCAAAUCUGCCGGUGUAGCCACCAGUGUGCGAGAUGUGGCUUCCCUGUUGUCCACCGUCAAAUCGGACGACAUCAAGGCCAUCACAGGUGAAUUAGGCUUUGGCCAAGACUUUGACUUGACUGGCGUGUCGGCCGGCAUCAACAAGGUUGGAGACUUCAUUGAGAAUGGUGGCAAAGCCGGCGCCAAAAUUGCCGCUGACAUUGGACCUCAGCCUCAAGUGCCCGAGGUUCCCGUGGCACCCAUCCAACCCGUGAAUCCACUCCCUGAGCCCAUUCCCGUGCAAUACAAUGCCGCUUAUCAAUCUAGUUACCCUGUGCCCGUGCAAGGAGCUUAUUACCCUGGUACCCCUCUGGUGGGUGCCCAAGUUCCUCUCGUCUAUUAUCAAAACUAGAAAUUACGACCAGGCCAAAUAAAGUCAUUCAUUUUUACACGUG